UUCGUCAAUGUGCUCUCAUCUUUCGCUUCAGUCUCAUCAACGAAAAGAAUUUGAUGAGCAUAGAAUUAAUCGAAUCGAAUAUUGAGUCACGUUUCUGAUGGCAUCGUCUCAAGCAAAGACAUUAAAGCACGAUCGAUUAAAAUGGGGAGUGCUCAUUGAGAUCAAUGAUGAAUCGUUCAGCAACGAUAGAUCAUACUAGAUAUAUUAUGAGGCCAGAAUAAAGACAAGUCAUUCCAUAAUCAGCUUCAUUGUCCAGAAUUUGUGACGAUGAUCGAUGAGAUCAAGAUAACUUAGCAUCGUCUUGUUACAGACGCAGAGAUACAUCAUUUGUUUCGAGAAAGGGUUGUACGUUCUGGAUGCACUUGUCGAUUUGAUCAACUUGUAUGCAUGUUUCACAUGUGCAUCGCACGAAAAGUACACAAACGUCAUCUUGAUAUUGUCAACUCGAAAAAAGUGUGUUACAAGAAGUUAUCCUGUUUCCUGAACGCUUUCCAUUGGCCUAGACACAAGUAGAUCUACAAGAAUUAGAUGGAUACUUGUAUAUCCUUCAACUUACAACGCAUCAUGUUCGACUACCACAUUCGAUCAAUUUGCUCGAAAAAUACUUUCUCAGAUAGCAGGGCAAUUAAACGUAUACAACAAGUCUGGCGAUGGGGACUCAGACGUAAUAAUGACUUGGUGUUGAAUCCAGAUCUAAAUCCGUAUGAAGCACUUACUGAGCAAGACAAACAGUACAAUCGGGACACAUCCAUAGCAGCAUUGAAGCUCUUGGGUAUGUGUUUGAACCUCGUGGUAUUGGAUCAAAGUAAUGACUUUAAGAAUGUCACGUUUCAAGUCACUUCCGCUUAAAGAUUGAACCGUUGGCAGGUAAUAUACACGAAGCUUGGGCACACAGGCUUGGUUGAAGUUUUGUCCUUGUCGAAAUGAUUCCAAGAAAGACAAGAUUAAGUUGUGACAUAAAUGUCUUAUCGAAAUACAGCCAUUCAAACAGUGAUAUGAAUUUGAGGCUGCGGGUUUGUCUUUGAGCACAAAGACCUACAUACAUUGAACAAGCAGAAUGUCUUAUGACUACUAAACGUCCUGAAAAAUUCGGAAGCGCUUUCAAUGAAUGAAGCUAACGAUGGCGCGAGAUAAAAGCGGACUUUUUGAUCGUUUGAGACUAUUCUCGACUUUUUGUUCCGGGUUUUUGUCACUUCUUGUCCAGCGAUCCAUCAAGAUUUGAAUAAUAAUUUAAAAUAAAAGAUAAAAAGCAUUUCUAAAAGUAAAAGAAAAUUUUCCUCCAGCUCACUCACAACUCAUUGCUUUAUCUCGUGACAGUUGUCACGAUGCCGUUGUCAGUUUAAUGAGAUGUAUGAAAGUAUGUCAGCAUCUU